AUGGCGCCCCUUAACGCCGCCUCUGAGGCGGCUAUAGCCAGACUCCGAAGCUAUGUCCCCCCGCCAACAGCGUACAGCUCCGUGCCACUAAGCCGGCGUGCAGCCGUGCUGAUACUGCUCUACGCCGACGCCAAGGGGGACCUUAAGGUGGUGGUUACGAUCCGGGCCAAGACACUCCGUUCGUAUGCAGGAGAAGCAGCUUUGCCUGGAGGCCGCGCCGAUAGCCUCCAAGAAACGCCCUUCCAAACCGCCCGCCGCGAAGCAAGCGAGGAGAUCGGCCUCCCCGAGAACACCCUCCUCCCUCCAUUCCGCGUGGAGCAUCUCUGCGAGUUACCGGCCAAUCUUGCCAAAACCGAAGUGGUCGUGCGUCCCUGCGUCGCGCUGCUGCAUGGCUACGAUGCUGUAACGGGGCUGGAGGCUGAUCCGGAAGUAUCGCUGAUCCCCACGCUCGAUGCGCGCGAGGUGGCCGCUGUGUUUACCGCGGGGUUUAGGGAUUUCCUGUCGAUUGCGCCUGGGGGGGAUGAGGAGUGGUAUCGGGGGAGUUGGAGUCUUUGGCAUGACUCUCAAUGGAGGAUCUACGGUACUGUACAGUAUGAUUGCGAUUUGCUGUCUCAUUUCCAUGUGUUUUCUUUGUCCCCUGACAGGAUUCCCACCCUAGUGCAUCAGUUCUUUGUCCCCAAGCAAACGAUCCACCGAUCGACCGCAUCAACGGUCAAAGUAGAAGGAGACCUAGACUUAGACUCUGCCGAAUCUCGCUAUCGCGUCUUCGGCAUGACAGCCCGCAUGCUCGUUGACGCGGCGCGAGUGGCCUAUGUGCAGGAACCCGAGUUCGAGCAUAACAGCCACUUUGGCGAUGAGGCGAUGAUCGCCAAGUUGCGCCGGUUCGGCCGAUUGAGUGCAGUUCGCAAGGCCUCGGAUGGAUUGACCCGUGAAACCAUGGAAAAGGCGUCCAAACUUAGCUAG